AUGGCCUUCGUGAACAACUACAAAGCACCCACCAUUGAACCCAUCGUCAGCAUCCCAGAGGGCGAAUACGAUGUCAACUUUUGCGCUCCUCUUCCGCCAUCAGGGUCACUCGAGUCCGACAAAGUCAGACUUGUCCCUUUCAUCCCUUCCCUUCACGCCGCCGCAUUCCACAAAGCCUACUCUCAGCACAGCGACGAAAUCGAGAAAUACCUACCAAUCUCAUGGAAAUCCCUCCCCGAACUGCUUACCGGGUUCGAGUAUAUGAUCCGUCGGGACCCAUCCUCGAUCGUAUUCGCCAUCAUCGACAGGACGAAACCUAAUGACGGAGGCAACGUCGAAGAGAGCAUUGCAGGCAUUAUUGGAUACUUGAACACCUCGACGAGAAAUCUCAGUACGGAGAUUGGUCCUGUCGUCGUUUUACCCUCUUGGCAGAGGACGUUCGUUUCCAGCCAUGCAAUCGGGUUGAUGCUCAACUAUGCCUUGAAUCUGCCGAGCGAGGGAGGUUUGGGAUAUCGACGGGUAGCAUGGACCGCUAAUCCAUUCAACAACGCAAGUGUUCGUGCGGCUGAACGGAUGGGCUUCAAAAUCGAAGGGAUUCAAAGAUGGACUUGGGUGUUACCCCUAGGCAGGGAUGGCGGUAAACCACCGGUUGACGGGAAAAGAGGAGCUGGACAGGGGCGCGACAGCACCGUUCUGUCCGUGUGCUGGGACGACUGGGAGAACGGGACUAGGGAACAGGUAGCCAGGAUGAUGAAUCGCCAAUAGACCUCUAUUAAUACACAUCUGCCCGCCACUUGACUGCUCCACAUCUCUCUAACUCUAAUACGUGGAGGUCUAAGUUAUUAUACUGAUUAACGAAUAGAAAGAGCUAUAUUGUUAUUAGCGUAACGACAGCAAAACACAAACG